AUGUUUAAAAAAUUUCUUUUUAUAUUAUUUUUAUUAUUUAAUGAAACAUUUUGUUUUAUAAAUAUAAGAAAAAUUAAUUUAAAAAUAUAUAAAGUUUAUAGAAAAUUACAAAUGACUAAUGUUGAAGUAUAUACUAGACCUCAAUCAUUAAAAUAUGAAACAUACGGUAGACCGAAAAAUGAUUUACUUUUAAGAGUUAUAGAAAAUAAAAAUGAAAAUAAAGUUUUAGGAAAAAUACCAAUUUGGAUAAUGCGCCAAGCUGGUAGAUACUUACCUGAGUAUUUAGAAUUUCGUAAAAAAUAUGAUUUUUUUGAAAUAUGUAAAAAUCCUGAAUUAUCAUCAGAAGUAACAAUAAUGCCAUUCAAGAGAUUUUCACUCGAUAUGCUUGUAAUAUUUUCAGAUAUUUUAAUAAUUUUUGAUGCAAUGGGGCUAGAGAUAAAAUUUAUAGAAAAAGUUGGUCCAAUUUUUAAUAAAGAAAUUACAAGCUUUGAGGAUUUUAAAAAAUUAAAUUUAAAUAUUCCAGAAGUUAUAAAUAAUUUAUUUUAUGUUUAUGAUUCAAUAAAUUUAACGAAAAAGAAAAUUAAUAAUGCAGUUCCCAUAUUAGGUUUUUCUGGUUCUCCAUUUACUUUAUUCAUGUAUUUAACAAAAAAUAAUAAAAAAACUUAUGAAGAUAGUUUAAGAUUCAUAUAUGAAAAACCUGAUGAUGCACAUAAAAUUCUAAAUAAAUUAAGUGAUAUAUGUGCAAGUCACUUAAUAAAUCAAAUAGACAGUGGGGCAAAUAUAAUUCAGAUUUUUGAUAGUAAUGCUGAAGUAGUAGAUAAAAAUAUUCUUAAAGAAUUUAGUAUAUAUUACUUACAAAAAAUUAUUAAUUUAAUUAAAAAGCAUAGACCUCAAUGUUAUAUUAUUUUAUUUAUAAAAGAUAAUUUUCAUGAGUGUAUUAAAGAUUUAAUGAUUGAUGUUUUAUCUAUUACUAAUAAACAGUUAGCUGAAAAAUCAUCUGAAUUUUACUAUAAGUUAUUUCAAAAUAAAAUUAUAUUACAAGGAGCAUUAGAUCCCCAUAUUUUACUUUUAGAUGAUAAUAAAUUAGUCAAAAAGUAUACAAACAAAAUGCUAGAUCAAAUACUUCAUAAAAAUAAAUAUAUAGCUAACUUGGGUCAUGGGAUAUUACCAAAUUCAAAAAUAGACAACGUACAUACCUUUAUUAAUACAAUAAAUGAAUGUGAAUUUUAUCAAAAUUAA